CGCCUAAUUCAUACAUAUAUGGGUCACCAGGUCUCAGUUCGGGGGUGGAUCACUUAUCCUCACUCACAAUUGCACUGGAUAACAUUUCAAACUGCAUUCCAACUCCUCAGGAGCAAUGACAUCCUACAAACUUACCUAUUUCAACAUGCGAGGUCGAGCAGAGCUGCCUCGGUAUAUCUUUGCCUAUGCUGGAAUAGCUUUCGAGGAUCGACGGGUAGAGUGGAGAGACUGGCCAUCGAUUAAGAAGACCUUUCCAUUAGGAAAGCUCCCAGUGCUAGAGGUGAAUGGACUCCCGCUGACCCAGAGUCUGGCCAUUGCACGGUUCCUGGCAAAGGAAGCAGGGCUUGUGGGUAACAGCAGACUAGCCGAGGCCCAGGCAGACGCUCUGGUCGACACUCUCAACGACUUCACCCUCUUAAUCCCAUGGAGAGAGGACAACCCACAGAUCAAAACACAGAAAAUUGACAUGCUUUUCCAAAGCCACGCCCCCAAGUUACUGGACCAUCUCCAGUGUCAUUUGGGAGACAGGAAGUGGUUAGUGGGUGAUUCGAACAAGGAGAAACACAGACAGACUGACAGAAAGCGUGAAAGCAGAGACCGACUGCACAACAGGGAGGAGACCUGGGCUGAUCUGUACUGCCAUGUGUGCUUCACUACCUUCAGUGUGCUGAGACCGGGCUUUGCUGAUCACCAUCCUGCCCUGUGUGGCCUGACUGACCGGGUGGAGGCCAUCCCGAACAUCGCUAAGUGGAUCCAGUGCAGACCUACAACAGAGUUCUAAAACCUGAGCCCAGUUCAGUAGGGACAAAACAGAAUGUUCUGAAGCUUAGAAUUGGUCCAAUAAUUCUCAUUGAAAUGUUUCAGUUUCAAAUGUGUUUGCAUUUCCGUGCUAACUGAACACACCACAACUUACCCUGCAAUGAGGAAUGUGUAUACAGGAAGUACUGAUGAUGUGAGGCACGUUACUGUAGAAGUAUAGCCAUACAUGACAAAAUAAAGAUUGCAAAUGUACUUUAAAAAAUAAA